AGAAGCUUCAGACCUUGUUCACCCUCGUUGUCAUCUGUGGCAUCCAAACCCCUCACCGCUCAGCAUUGGCAUCAUUUUGCUGCCAGCUAUUCCAAGUCUUAAAGCAGUGCAGUAAAGAGUUCUGUACAGAGAAGAACCACGGCAGUUUAGGGCCAAAUGGAUUCUGCUCCUUUCAGCAAUAACUUCACCAAUGCGACCUGUGAUGUGUACAUACACUUCAAGGCAGCGAAAAUAAUCUUCACUUUGUUUUACGUCAUUGUUUUCAUGGUUGGCUUAUCAGGAAACAUAUUAGCCCUGUAUAUAACUAUCCAGAAACAUCCAAAGAUCAACUCGACCACGCUUUAUUUAAUCCACCUUGCAGUCUCCGAUGCCCUGUUUACACUCGCUCUACCAUCUCGGAUUGUCUACAUAGUCCGAGGGUUUGACUGGCCUCUGGGCGAGGGGCCAUGCCGGAUUUUUGCAGUUCUCUUCUACAUCAAUACAUACGCCAGCAUCAAUUUCAUGACGUGGUUGAGCAUUGACCGCUACAUUGCCAUGGUGCACCCUCUUCGGUUUGCCAGGUUCCGCAAGGUCCAAAAUGUCAAGUAUAUCUGUGCCACCGUCUGGGUGUUCGUCUUCCUCCAGACUUCUCCCCUGCUCUUCAUCUCGAUGACAAAAGAGAACAAAGGCUUGAUAACCUGCAUGGAGUACCCAAACUUUGAACGCAAUCCCAACCUGCCCAAGAUACUGCUCGGUGCCUGUCUCCUGGGCUACUGCCUGCCAGUGGCGAUCAUUAUCUUCUGCUACUUUCGAGUCAACGUGAAACUCUGCAGGAUUGCGAGGGAGAACCCUUUGACUGAGAAGCUAGGUAGGAACAAGAAAGCUAUCACCGUGAUUCUGAUAGUUCUGUUGGCACUCCUGGUCUGCUUUACACCGUAUCACAUCACCAUCAUCCAGUACAUGAUCAGAAAGCUGCUGUCACCACAGAAUUGCUGGCAACAGCAGGCCUUCAAAACAAGCCUGCAGGUCUCUGUUUGCUUCAUGAACCUCAACUGCUGCAUCGAUCCACUCAUCUACUUCUUUGCAUUCAAGGGCUACAAGAAGAAGGUUCUGGAAAUAAUAAGACGCCACAUUACGCUGCCUGCAUUCUCAUCCUCCAAGACCAUCUCGGAGAACAACAGCACUCAUGCCACCGUGAGUCAGAUCCAAGGCUCGGGAUCGGGAUCUGCAAACUGACAUUUGCCCAGAGUUAACCCCCAGAAUAUCACCCCUGGGUCAAGGGUGGCAAAGCCGACACUGUAGCUCACUCCUCUCCGGGUGCAUGGACAGGCAUCUCAGGACACCUUGCUUCACGCGAUGAAAGAUGAGACUGAAUGUAUUAUUCUUCCCCUCAAAUCUUGGGUGCAUGUCAUCCCACAGACUCCUAACCCCCUCCCUCCCAUGCACUCUGCUGAAAGGUUCAGUGGGAAGGAGAUGUCCUGAGUCAGGAGGUUGAAUCUCUACUCCUGUAGUCCAAACACAAACUUAGGUUUAGGGGCAGUGCCAAGGGAAGGCCACAAGGGAGAAUCACACUGCUGGUGUCAGGAGGCCAGAACUGAGGAGAACAAUACUGAAAGAGUACUUCAGUGCAGAAGGGGGAGUACUGAGGGUAUGUCAGGCUGAUGGAGGGACCAUACCGAGGGAAUAACACUCUACGGGAGGGGUGCUACGAGAGAGAAUCACAAUGUAGGAUGGGCAGUCCUGAGGGCAUGUCACACUGUGGGAAGUUUAGUUCUGAGGGAGUUCUACACUGUGGGAGGGGUGGUACUGAGUGAGCCUCACUCUGUGGGAGGGGCAAUACUGAGGGAACACCACACCACGAGAGGGGCGGUACUGUGGGAAUGGUGGGAUUGAAUGAGUGUUACACUAUGGAGGGAGAGUACUGAGGGAGUGUUACACUGUGGGGUGUGAGUAGUACUGAGGGAGUGUUGCACUGUGGAUGGGGUAAUACUGAGGAAGUGUCAAUUGUGGUUUCUAGGAUUUCUGACAGCUCCUCACACUGGUUCUGUUCUGAGACCUCACGCAGCCAUUCCUCCUGGUUACCAUAAAUUUGUCAGUGUUGGAUUUAAGAUCACCAGAUGAUCGGAGGUGUUUUCUGAAUCUCUGACUGCAGAAGUGUUACUGAAGUUAUCCCAGGCAGCCCAGCUCCCAGAUACAUACAGUUAGUGAAUCCUCUCUCCAGACUUCAGUGUGGGCCCUUAGAGUAAACCCUUCCCACCAUGGUAUCAGCCUUCACCUCCCAUUGGUAAAACAUGAUGGACUGACUUGUGUAUUUAAUUGUCAAUGUCUGUUCUCCCUGUGUGCAGUAUUUUGUUGCUAUUGCUGUGUUACUGAUUAAUAGAACAUCUGUUGCUCAUUUUUAUCUUAAAUAUGUGUAUUGAAGGCUGUGUCUCAUGUAAGAAGUAGUGGAAAUUUUAGUAGAUUGA